UGAUAAAAUAAAAUUGAAAAUAUCUCAUUAUUUUUCUAUUACUAUUUUAUGUUCUCAGAACUUUUGGUCAGACCUAAGUAAUUGAAGAAUUUCUAAAAUGCAAAAAUAAUGAUGGAUAUUUAAAUAAACAACAACGUCUUUCAGAAUUCCAUACUAAAUAAAAUAAUAUAGAAAAAAUAUUUGAAAAAACUUCUCCUUACUCAAAUCAUUUCCAUAUAUCUGAAGAUGAUGAUCAUUAAUAUAAGACAUUUUUACUUUUUUUUUAUUUUUAGAAAAUUAAUUUCAGAUGAGUUGAUCAUCGAUACUAUUAAAUAAUAUUCGUCAAUUAAUGAAAUGAAAAAAAUAUUUUCAUGAAAUAAUUCAUGCUUUUAUUCUUCCAACAACUAAUCCACAUAGAGUUUUUGUUUUUUAUCAAAAUAUUUAUUAAAAUGAAUAUGUUGCUCAUCGGUAUAAACGACGAGAAUCUAUUUCAAAUUUUACUGGAUAAAAUGAUUAAUUAUUUUCAUUUAUUUGAAAUAAAAACAAAAAGCGAAUUAUUCUUUUCUUCGAAUAGGUACAGGUUUAAUAAAAUAAAAUGAAUCUCUUUUAUGGACCAAUGGAAGAUAUUUUGGUCAUGAUAAAUAUAAAUUAGAUCGAACAUCUUGGAAAUAAAUACUUGAUGGAAUAAAAGAUGUUCUUUCAAUGAGAAAUUGAAGUGGAAGAGUAUUUAAAAAACAACAAAAUUUUUUUUUUAAAUAAAUUUUUUUGUUUAUUAAAGAAUUUAGAAAAAAAAUCAUUUGUUGGAUCUGAUCCUCAACUUGUAUCAAUAAAUCAAUGGAAACGAAUGGAAAUAAACACUUGAAUAAUCAGAUAAACAACUUUUAUCAAUUCAUAUUAAUUAAAUUGAGAGUUUUCUGGGAUAAACAAUAUCAAAUUGAUCAUUUAAUAGUACACAGUAUAGAUGAUCUUGCUUCCAAGUUUUUCUUAUUUAUUAAAUAACAUAUCUAUCAAAAAAGGUUAUUCAAUGCUGGGUGGUAGAGAUAUUCAAUAUAAUCCGGUGUUUUCUAUCAUAUAGAAUUAUUUCAAAUGAUUAUGUUAACAUUUAUUCAUAUGAUUUAUUUUAUCAAUAAUUAAAAAACGAUCUUCAAUAUAAAGAUCCAUCAGAGAUAUUUUUUCUUAUUUUAUAUUUAAACAAUUUCUAUAUUGAUUUAAUAGAUAUAUUUACCCAUCACCAUCAUGUAAUUAUGCUGUACAAACAAUAAUACCUAAAAAAGAAUUAGUUAUAGAAGAUGAUAUUGUUUAUGAAUUAAAAUCCGUUAAAAAUCAAUUUGAAAUUGAAGGAAUAAAACAAGCUCAUGUUAAUUAAGCAAACAAAGAAUCUUAUAUAAAAAUAACUCGAAAUGAUUUAUAUUCAAUCGAUUCUGGUGGAGAAUGUUCACAACCAAUUGGUACUCGAAUACGUUCCGACAAUUAUUUACUUCCCGGAAUGAUUCUUAGUGAUGGUUUGCUUGUUUUUCUUUAUUAUAAUAAAAAUUUUUUAAAAAUGAAAAUGGAAGCUGGAUAUUAUUUUGAUUAUGAAUUUGUUAUUCCUAUUGAAAAUUUCAUUCGAUUUUUUCGUGAAAGAUUUUAUUAUAUAUUUGAAACAAUAUGGGAAAGACUUGAAAAAGCCGAACCAAUUGAUGGUCCAAUUAUAAAUCAAUAUAGAGAAUUAGCAAAACAACAUCAAUUAUGGAUUUCAUUACAUGGUUUUCAUCAACGAUGUUAUGAUCUUCGUUUUAUUGAAUUUGGUCGAUUAUAA